ACCUUGACGUCUGUCACUGUCAAUCUUGAAAAAGUUUAUUUAUAUAUUAUAGAAAUAACAGAAGUAUGUAAGGGUAUAAAAGCUUAAAAGUCCAAAUAAUUAUAACAAUAAUGGCAUACUUUCACUAUCGGUGUGGUGAAAGAAUUACAUUAAUAAACGAAAACUGUACUGCCAUUCGAAAUGAAAGUGAAUUUGAUCAUGGCUUGGUCAUUUCUGCAGAACCCCUACAAAAUGAUGUCCUUUUUGAAAUAAAAAUUGAUAAAAAGGUCAAUACAUGGUCAGGAAGUUUAGAAAUAGGUGUAGUUGACUGUGAUCCUUUAGAUUUUGAUUUUCCUCCAUGUGCAUCAAAAAUACAAUCUGGUUCCUGGAUUAUGUCAGGAACAACAGUUUUUAAAAAUGGUGCCUGUCUUGUGGAGGGCUAUGGAAUGGAUCUAGAUAGACUUAACCAAGAUGAUAGAAUUGGAUUAAUGAGAACAAGUGAGGGAGAUCUGGUUUUUUACAUAAAUGGUGAAUCUCAAGGUGUGGGAGCUGAAGAUCUACCUAAUGUGGUAUACGCUAUUGUUGAUUUAUAUGGAAAAUGUGUUCAGGUUACAAUUACGAGCCCAGCAUUUCGAGAGCACAAUAAUGAUGACUGUCUUAGUGGCAGUUCUGUUUUAGCUAUUGACAAUGACAUUCUCAAUGUUACUCUUGGAGGUGAUCUUAGUGAACUUAGUAUGAGUAGCAGCAAUAGUCUAGAUAUCAGGAUGGAUAUGAAUGUCAGCAGCUAUGGAUGCCCUACUGAACCUCCCUCUUCUUCACAUCGUUAUAAGGGGCAGGCGAGAAUGGGAUAUUAUAGACUGAGAAAAAACCUGAGAAUCUUAAUAUUUAAUUUAGGACAUAGUAAUAUCAUAAAUAAAAUUAGGAAUAACGUAUGGAUGAUAUCCUAUGAACUUCAACCAUAG